AUGGCGAGGAAAUUUGAUAUGAUCAAAGAUAUCGAUGAGAAGAAAGAAACGUUGAAGCUUGUUGUUCGAGUAAAAGACUUAUGGUUUGUUCAAAACCGGGAUACCAAUCGUCAUAUGGAACUGAUUCUUUUGGAUCAGAAGAACCAAGGACAAUUUUUGGUUUGUGAUCAUCCUUACAAGUUAUUGUUCAUAGGAGCAACCACUAGUAAAGAACAACCAAUUUUGAGUAUUCCAGUAAGCGUUUACAACUUCAAAAGUAUCGAGGAUAUAGUUGAUGGAAAUUACGCUGUUGAUUUAGUGUAUGAUAUUAUUGGAGUGGUAGACAAUGUGAGGUGUAAUCCUCGGUCCAAGAAUGUGGUAUUUCAUAUAAGGGAUUUCAGGGGUGACCCGGAUUCAUCUAUUGUUGUUGUUAUGUUGACUCAGGCUAAGAUCAAAUCGUGUUCAGGACGAUGGCUAGUGUCAAUAUCAAACUUGUGGAAUGGUUCAAAGUUGUUAAUGGGUGAUGAAUGUGCUGAAUUAGUACGAUUCAAGGAGCAAUGGAUAAAACGGUUUGGAAAUGUGGUCAGUCCGAGCCAAGAAUGCAACCAGCUGAGUUCACCUUCCCAGUAUAGUGAACAUGAAAAAUUUAUGUAUAAAGUUGUUGUGAGUACGAUAUCUGAAAUCACAAGUAUGAAGGAGGAACAAUACUGUGUUACAAUUGCAAAUACUGUGAAGUUUAAUUUAGGAAAUGAUGGUAUUAUCCAGUAUGCAAUAGUUGCAGGAAGAAGACUGAUGAAAUAUAAGUUGGAAUUACAGGAUGGGGAGGACGAUCCCAAAUGUUUUCCAGAGGAUCUAGAUGUGUUGUUAGGCUAUACACUUGCUUUCAAGGUUAGAGUUCAACCAAAUAACAGAUCUUCAUCGGUGAUGAAAGCUUCCAGCAACCCUGAAACUAUUGCUUGUGUUAGAAGCAAACUUGAGACAAAGAUGAUUAAAGACUCCAGUGGUGAAGGUACUUCCAGUGGUGAAGGUACUUCCAAACUUCUUAAUCAUCUUUUACCAGUACCCGGAGGACUUCCAAAAUUUACUCAACUUUAUAUUUACGACACUGAAAAUGAAGUUCAAAAUAGAAUAGAAAGUUUAAGGAAUCAAGAUAAUAUUGAUUUGGAACUUGUGAGCAAAAUAAAGAAGAUGCUUGAUGAAUUCAAUGUUCAUGCCAAAUCUUUUAGAAUGGCAAAGGACAGAUAUAGAGACCAGCCAUUUGAUGACUUGAAAUUGAGACUUAUUUCAGAUAGGACAAAAGAUGGAAGGAUUUAUAAUGUCUCCAAUGUUUCAGAAGUUGCAGCUUUUAUAGUCGGCGUGUAG